GCGCAAUAACCUACCCUUGGUCUGCACAGACGGGGAAAAUUCGGCAGCUGUAGUUGUUGCAUCGCACUUCGCAGCAUUUUGAGGAUUCGUAGCUUUUCUGAGUUGGAAGUCAGAUGACUUGCUUUGAAUACGGGACCCUAGGGGAAUUUCUGAAUGCUUGAACAACGGAGGAGCAGUGGAGGAAAAAGAAUCAAGAACGCAUAGGCUACUUGCUCUGCUGGCACAAGGAAGGCUGCUCCAUCCCGAACAGCAAACCAGCUACCGAGGAAGUUUGCUCUGGACCAUUUGCUGCUAAUUCUAAGUUCUUGAAGAGCCAUUAUUUGCAGAAGAGAUGAAGAAAAGUGGAGCAGUAAAACUGAGCAUUUAACGUUGCAUUAACCGUGAGAUAACUAGCUAGCUAACAAGAAACUAGUUAUCGCACUGCAGCUUGAAUCUUAAGAUUUUGUCAACUUUGGUUGGCUGACGUUACUUCUCGGGUUUCUUCUCCUUCCAUUUUUUGUAACUUUUGAAAAUCAGUGCAUAUUUGUUAUAGCUAUCGAUAAGUUAACGUUAGUUCAUUUACCAAAUGAUGACAGCACUGCGCUUAAACUUGUCUCCUUUGAGGGAACCGCUUGGUUUUAUCAAAGUUUUGGAGUGGCUUGCAGCCAUUUUCGCAUUUGGAAGCUGUGGAGCAUACGUUGGGAGGACUGUUGUGUCUGUGCUCUGCAGUGAAGGCAAGAAUGAAACAUUGAGUGCCACUUUCUCCUACCCCUUUAGGUUAAGCCAGGUGCCGCUGGUGAGCAGCAACACCACGCUGUGUAACCGCACUGUGGCAGAGACUCAUCUCGUGGGAGACUCGUCGUCCUCGGUGGAGUUCUUCGUGGCCAUCGGCGUCCUGGCCUUUCUCUACUGCAUGGCCGCGCUGCUGAUAUACCUGGGGUACAUGCAUGUCUACAGGGACUCGGACUUUGGGCCCAUCCUGGACUUCCUGAUGACGAUUGUGUUCGCCUUUUUCUGGCUGGUGUGCUCGUCGGCGUGGGCGAGGGGGCUGCAGAGCGUGAAGGACGCCACGGGCACGGAGGGCAUCCGGAGCACCCUGGCGCUGUGCCAGGAGGGGGGCGUGGUCUGCGAGGUCACGGAGUUCGCCCCCACGCGCAGCCUCAACGUGUCGGUGGUAUUUGGCUAUCUAAACGUGAUUAUAUGGGCCGGCAAUGCCUGGUUUGCUUACAAGGAGACUCGCUGGCACGCUCAGAAGAAUUCCGCCCAGCAUGGGGCGGGGCGUGGGCCGGUCCCCGCCCCCAUCUGACCUCCAGGUAGCUUCCAUCGUCCUGACAGUUGACCCCCAAAGGCAGCCAGUGUCUCCGGGCGUCGCCCCAGUAGCGCGGAGCGCUCGCUGAAGCUGUGGUACCCCAGCUGCCUGCACCCGCCUUGUGAGCCCGAUUCCUUAUAUCAAUCAUCGUCUCCCUUCUAGGUUAACCGCUGUUCUUGUGAAGAAAAUGGCCUCUUAAUUUCAGCUUUCGUCGUUUUUUACAAAUUAUUUUUACUCCUGUAGAAGUAUAUUACUCCAUUUUGUGAUUACACCACUGCUAUCGUUUGAUUUUUCACUACUUUCUUUUUUUUACGAUUUGCAUGCUUUUAUUUGCACAAAUAAUCUUUUUACGAUUCCAAAAAUGUAUCCAUUUAUCACUGUUGAACUGUAACUUGAGGUUUGCAUUAAUAACUGGUCUAGUAUAAGCAUAAGACAACCAUCCAAAGUGCCAAAGCAUGACAUGUGUUGUGCUGCAUCUCCUAUGUGUCAUUCUCCUGAUGGUGUGCGGCCCACCCUGAGGACUGUAGCCUCUCCAGCCUCCUCCAUGCAGUACACCUAGCUUUAAUUUGUUGCGGUCCUACUGGGUUGGAAAUCACCUGUCAGUCUGUAUUCACCAAAAGCUGCGUGCAUACCAAAUAAGGGUUUUAUUCCCCAAAUAAAAGCCCUAUAAAAUGCAA